AUGUCGUCUACAUCAUCAGUCAUCCCUUCUCCUACAUUCUCCCCGACAUCUGCGACCAGCAGUCACUGGUCUACCUUCAAUACCACUAUCCUGGUGUUGUUUUCCUGUGGCGUGCUGCUCCUCUUGGCACUCAUUAUCGCCUUCAUCAUAAGACAAUACCGACGCCGAAUGGCUGCCCUGACCCAAUUACAAAAAGACAUCGAGCGUCAUCCCCGCCCUCCCAGCUAUUUCAGCGUGGAGAAACUUCCUAUUCCAGAUGAUGCAUCUACUGUUUCCCUCCCCGAGAAAGUCUACCAACCCGGUGCUGUGCACCAUCCAUGUGUCCCUGCUCCUAUAACAUACGAGGAACGGAUAGCGGGCUUGACAUGUUCUUCGGUGGAGCGCCGCUCAAGAACAAAAAUCAUUCAUGAUGACGGUAUAUAUCUCUUUUGUUUUACAUGGGUUCUAGGAACUAAUUUUCUUAACCCUCGUAGACCAACAGGCAUAUAUGUCCAACCAAACGCUCUCACCCAUAUCUUAUCGUUGUAA